GCUGGGUAAUUAGAAACUGUGCACCUCCCAAACGCGCGCUGAUGGUUCCAACCUGCGCACUCUGAAAGAUAAUCUGGAUUAUUUUCACAAAAGGGAAUUUAAAAUCGGAUCCGAUAUGAAGGGAGAGGAGGCUGAGGGAGACGUUGCGGCUGGACGCGUUGACGUGGGAUCCGGAGAGAGGACACCCAGUGUUAUGAAACUGCAAAACAUGCUUCUGAACGCUUCCCACAAUCCCUUCCUGAAAGACGGGUUUCUGGACUCCAGAUCACCAGACCUUGGUGAACCGUCUGCAAACCAACAGAAUAAAGGACAGGAGGGUCGUCAUCUCUGGCCUCAGAACGGAGUCUCGGCUAGAAGCAAUCCGUUCUACACGUAUUACCUGGAAUCGAGCAGUCAAAGUCCUCUGGAGGAGACGAACAAGAGGAAAAUGUCAGGAAGCACCAACCCUGACAAAAACCUUUUUGUUCGUCCUCCUGAACAGCAGAGCUCUACUCUGGACCUUUCCUCUAAAAUGAAGACCCUACCAAACGGGGUGAAGCUUCCAGGAUCCUUCACCAGCUCUCAAACCUUUAGUCAGGAGGACCACACUUUCCCACCAAGUUCUUUGGGGAGCAACACUGAUGCCACAGAUGCUUUUCUUGAUGGAAUUUUAAAAUCAUCCGAAUUUUCAAGCCCAAAUGCAGCUCUGACCCAGAAUUUGUCCAAUUCCUGGGAUGUGGACAUCUCAGACGUUGUCAGAAAUAAAGAUCAUGGUCCUUCCCGUGCUUUGAAAACAAACAAUUUAAUCCAGACAGGGCGACACAAUCAGGACAACUUGUUUGAACCUCCCCAAGCCUUUAAGGACCCUUUUGAGUCUCCUUUGAACACAGGACACGAUCUGCUCCAGUCUCCUCAAGCUGCUCCAGUAAACCCAUUUUCCAGCUCAGCCGCUUCAAAGGACGAUGGAUUUCAAUCAGCUCCAAGUGACGAUCUUUUUCAGGUCAAGGUCAUCCAGACUAAGGAGCAGCAGCUGUUGAGGUCGACUUUGAAAGGAAACGUCGACCUGUUUCCAUCUACAUCCACAAAUCCAGACGAUGUUUUUCCAAGUCCGCUUUCAAGGAACUUGUUCCACGACUUUAGCUUAGACGAUCCAUUUGACCGCACACCAUCCGAACCAGACAGUCUUCGGAGGGAUGCUCUGGAUGAUAUCUUUCUGCCAUACUCGUCUAGAGAUGAGAACAGGAGCACGUGUGACGCUACCUCGAAUGAAACCCCUUCACCUUCAACCCACGGUCUAACAAAUGUACCACCAUUUCUGCUUAAGAAAGUGCCUCCUCCAAUCCAGCCAAAACCCGUCCAGAAGCCAGCAGAGAUCGUCUUAACCACUCCUCAGGGAAGCAAACUUGAUGUGCUCCAGCCGUCACCCCUGAUUCUGGCCAGGAGUCUGACACCCAGCCCCACCCCACCUGAAAUGACUCAUGUGUCAACCAUCAAACGUCCACCCAUACCACUCCCCCGGUCCAAACCUCCCAGGCCAGAAAAACCACCACAACUAGACAAACUCCCAUCGCCAAUGACCUUUGUCAACUCAGAACCAGAAGCACCAACACAGCUCAUCAGAAGGGCCUUCAAGUCUGUUCGAAAACCAAGCUUUGCUCGCAAAACUCCGGAGAGAAAACCGUUGGAUCCUAACGACUUCGUGGUGUUAGAUGACAUCCUGUUGAUUGGCGAAGAAAAGUGUGUGGAAGACUGGCCUGAGGACUCUCCAGAACUUGAUCCUGAAUGGAAACCAUCUGGAAAACUGAAACUUCGAAGAGAUACACUGAGGAUGGAGCGGAAUGUGAAUGGAGAUGAAGACCAGGACCAAGCAGAAGAUCACAUGGAGAAAAAAGACAAGGCCAGGAUGUCUGUGUUGUCCAAGAGAGGCUCAAAGGAGAAGAUAGUCUUCAAAGGGGAGAGGAAGAGCAGCACUUUGCAACGAAAAUACUCCAGGGUAACGGAACCAGAGCCACGUACACAAAAGCAGGAGUUUCAAGCUUAUUCUACAGACCAGCAAACAUCUGGAGAACAGAAUCAGGAAGACGACUCCAGUAGCAUGGACUACAGAAAAAAAAAUCCCAAAAGCAAAGUCAGCCACCUGUUUCGAAGAGCGUCUUCUGCAGCGGUCAUGUCAGAGGGAAAACAGUGGGAUGGACAAGAAUUUAAGGACCUAAAAAAGAGAGACACAAUCACACGACGGUGGUCAGAGGGGAAAAUGUUGGAAGCAAGCUCUGGUGAAGAAGAGGAAGAAGAAGGCAGCGCCCAGCAUGGGGAGAGAAAAAAAAGGUUGAAAAUCAAGUUCAUACCCCAGAGAGGAUACGCCAUCUCCCUGGAAAAGCUGAGCAGCGAAUCCAAAGGAGCUCAAGGAUUCACGCCUCGAAAAAACUCAAAGGAACAAUUUGAAGACUUACGACACUCGAAUAAUAACACGCCUGAUGGGAUUGGGCAGGCUGCCGCCAUGGACCCUGAAGACCUACAGAGACGAGGAUCUCCUGGACCUGAUGCUUCCUACAAACCUAAAAAGAACCCGAAGAGUCGGCGGAGUUCAAAGGUGAACACAGAAGACUCGGCAGAGGAUGAGGAAGUAGACGGACAAGACAAAUCCAAAACUAAACAUUUCAAAGGGAAGCGUAAAAGCAAGACGACCAACACGGCGAGUGAAUCCAGCGAGUGCAGCUCUCAGAGGUCCGAGCCGGCCUGUGCUGAGGGGUUUGCUGAGGAAGACUUGCAUGAUGAAGAAUACGAUGACCUCUACAAACCGAAAAAGCCUUCAAAGAUGAAGGGCUACAAAAAAGGGAGGCGUAAGAGUAAGUCCAAACAUCAGCAGGGUAAGGAUCUAGCAGGAUCUGCAGGGAACCAGCACCUGUCGGAGGCUGCAAAGGCCGAGUGGUUGGCUGCUCAGAGAGAUGGUCGAACCAUCGCUGGAGAGGAUGAAGACGAGGACGAGGACGGGGACACGGACAGUUUGAUGGAGUGGUGGUACACGGUGGAGAAAUGGGACGAGGUGCUCUCAGAUGAAGAAGAUGCAGCCGCCAUAAAGGACGAGACAAAGUCCUUCACCAUUCUGGCGGACAAGGUGGACCGCGGCCUCCGCGUCUUCAACAAAAUAUUCACGGAGCGAGCCGAGCUGCUCUGGCACUCCGUCAUCAUGCUCCACACGCUGGCGGACGACAUCAGCGACUUUCACCACAAAGCCAAGAUUGCCGGCAUCACUGGGGGCACCACCACCGCCGUGGGGGGCAUAGCGGCCAUCGCGGGCUUGGCUCUGGCACCUUUUACCUUGGGGACCAGUCUGGUGAUCACGGCUGUGGGGGCGGGAGUGGCAGCAGCCGGAGGAAUCACCUCGGCGUCUGCAGCCAUCUCGGACAACGUCAAUAACACUAACGAGCGCAAGAAGAUGGAGGUCCUGCUGAAGGAGUACGAGGACCAGCUGGAAGACAUCGCCAACAUCAUUCAUUUUGUCAAUCAGGGCUUGUACAGACUGCGCGGCCACCCCUUCCUCAGGUCGGGCACGCAGCAUUACUCACAGGAGUGGGAGAUCCGCAGGGCUGUGCAGAUGAUCAGCAUGGUGGACUCGCCUGUGAUGAAGGCCACAGAUGUGGUGGACAAGGCGGUCUCCUCGCUGCAGAGCCUUUUUAAGGGCAUGGACAAGUACUUUGUCAAGGACAGCCGUGAGCUGAAGAAAGGCUGCAGGAAGGAGGUGGUGGGUCGCAUCAGGGAGGUGGCCAGCGUGCUGAACGACAGCGUGGUGGACCUUAAUGCCUUUAGGGAGGAGCUGCAGGAAGCCAUUGGACUGGUAUGAGCAGCAGCGCCCCCUGCUGGCCAGCACAACUUUGUGUUAUCUGCUUUUUUUUUCUUUUUUUCCAAAACAAAAUUUUUUGACAGAUUUUUAUUAUCUUAUGCUGUAAAUAAUUCCUGCUCAAGAUUUACCUUCUGACUGUUAGUCUUUUUUGUUUCACUUUAAAAAUCUGCAGCAACACAGGAGUUAAUGUUCCUUUCUGUUUUCAUGGAAAUCACUUAGGGUGGAAUUGUUUUUGCAACAAUACAAACUUUAAUUUUCUAUAUUUAUGUGGAUUUAGUUCAGAUUUUCACCAGAAUGGAUUGCACGUGAGGUAAAUGUUUCAUAUCAACGCCCUCUGAGUUUUUAUGAGUUUUAUCAUUAUUCAAUUUUCAUUUUAAAGAAAUGUAUUUCUGAAGUUGGCUGUUUGAAUUUUCAGCAUAUUUUUGAGUGAAAAGGAUUUAUAAUUUAUUUUAUUGUGUUGACAAGCUACAUUUACUAUUUCUAUAAAUCACCACAAACAGAGAGGACUAUCUUCAGUGAAGCUUUCAUGUCUUUUAACUGAAGUCCCUGCUCAUAGAAAUACCAUCCAUUCGUACAGAUUACCUGUAAAUACUCCAACUGCAUGUGUUUAGAAGUGUUGGUUGCAUGAGCGCUUUUUAUUUUAAGGAUUCAUAUCUGAUGUAUUUAAGUCAUUUUAAGCUGAAUAAAGGCCUCUGUCAAAACUUUGACUUUCCCUAUGAU